ACUAGAGCGGCGCCGCUGAGGCGGGGCGGGGGCUGCUAUUUCUGUCUGGCGAGCGCUGCCCGCUCCGCGAGGCGGGGGAGGGGGCGCCCGCGCCGCCAUAUUCCCUCCCGCUGUCCGGUCCCGCGGCGCGCAGCCACCAUGAGCACCGCCGCCUUCCACAUCUCCAGCCUCCUGGAGAAGAUGACGUCCAGCGACAAGGACUUCAGGUUCAUGGCUACCAGUGACCUGAUGUCAGAGCUGCAGAAGGACUCCAUCCAGCUGGACGAGGACAGCGAGCGCAAGGUGGUGAAGAUGCUGCUCAGACUCCUGGAGGACAAGAACGGCGAGGUGCAGAACCUGGCUGUUAAGUGCCUAGGUCCUCUUGUGGGCAAAGUGAAGGAGUACCAGGUAGAGGCCAUCGUGGAUACACUCUGUGCUAACAUGCGGUCGGACAAGGAGCAGCUCCGAGACAUUGCUGGCAUCGGCCUCAAGACCAUCCUCUCGGAGCUCCCACCUGCAGCCACAGGCUCCGGCCUGGCCUCCAGUGUGUGCCGGAAGAUCACGGGCCAACUCACCAGUGCCAUCGCCCAGCAGGAAGAUGUGGCUGUGCAGCUGGAAGCCCUGGACAUCCUCUCUGACAUGCUGAGCAGCAGUCCUGCGAUGGAGAACCUGACUGUCACAAUCCUACAGGCUCUGAGAGGUGUUGCGGCUUGCCCAAGGCCGUGCUCUCAACUGGGAGCCCCGCUGGGCGCCUUCCACGCCAGCCUCCUGCACUGCCUCUUGCCGCAGCUGAGCAGCCCGCGCCUGGCCGUGCGCAAGCGGGCCGUAGGGGCGCUCGGGCACCUGGCGGCCGCCUGCAGCACCGAUCUCUUCGUGGAGCUCGCCGACCACCUGCUGGACCGGCUGCCCGGCCCGCGCGCGCCUGCCAGCCCCGCCGCCAUCCGCACCCUGAUCCAGUGCCUGGGCAGCGUCGGCCGCCAGGCCGGUCAUCGGCUCGGCAACCACCUGGACCGCCUCGUGCCCAUAGUGGAGGAAUUCUGCAAUGUGGAUGAUGAUGAGCUCCGGGAGUCCUGCCUCCAGGCCUUCGAGGCCUUCCUGAGGAAGUGCCCGAAGGAAAUGAGCCUUCACGUGCCCAACAUAACCAGCCUCUGCCUCCAGUACAUGAAGCAUGACCCUAACUAUAACUACGACAGUGACGGGGAGGAGGAGCAGAUGGAGACAGAGGAUAGCGAGCUCAGUGAGCAAGAGAGCGAGGAGUACAGCGACGAUGAUGAUGACAUGAGCUGGAAGGUGCGCCGGGCCGCGGCCAAGUGCAUGGCGGCCCUGAUCGGCUCGCGGCCCGACCUGCUGCUGGAUUUCCACCGCACCUUGGCGCCCGCACUCAUCCGCCGCUUCCAGGAACGCGAGGAGAACGUCAAGGCUGAUGUCUUCGGGGCUUACAUCGUGCUGCUGCGGCAAACGCAGCCCCUGAAGGGGUGGCUGGCAGCAGUGGAGGAGCCCACCCAGGCUGGCAGCAGCCUCCACAUGCUGCGCGGACAGGUGCCUCUUGUGGUCAAGGCCCUGCAGCGGCAGCUGAAAGACCGGAGCGUCAGGGCCCGCCAGGGCUGCUUCAGCCUUCUUGCCGAGCUGGCGGGUGUCCUCCCCGGCAGCCUAGCAGAGCACAUGCCGGUGCUCGUAUCAGGCAUCGUCUUCUCGCUGGCAGACCGCUCCAACUCCUCCACCAUCCGGAUGGACGCCCUGGCCUUCCUGCAGGGGCUGCUGGGCACAGAGCCGGCCGAGGCCUUCCAUCUGCACCUGCCCACCCUCCUGCCCCCUGUGAUGGCCUGUGUGGCUGACCCUUUCUACAAGAUCGCAGCUGAGGCCCUGCUAGUGCUGCAGGAGCUGGUGCGGGCCCUGUGGCCGCUGGGCCAGCCCCGGGCACUGGACCCAGAGCCCUACGUGGGUGAGAUGUCUGCGGCCACUCUGGCACGACUGCGGGCCACCGACCUGGACCAGGAGGUGAAGGAGCGGGCCAUCUCCUGCACGGGGCACCUUGUGGGCCACCUGGGGGACCGGUUGGGUGAUGACCUGCAGCCCACGCUAUUGCUUCUGCUAGACCGCCUGCGGAACGAGAUCACCCGGCUGCCCACUGUCAAGGCGCUGACACUGGUGGCCGCGUCCCCGCUGCAGCUCAACCUGCAGCCCAUCCUGGCUGAGGCGCUGCCUGUCCUGGCCUCGUUCCUGCGCAAGAACCAGCGGGCGCUGCGGCUGGCCACGCUGGCGGCCCUGGACGCCCUGGCCCAGAGCCAGGGACUCAGCCUCCCGCCACCCGCUAUCCGGGCCGUGCUGGCCGAGCUGCCUGCCCUGCUCAGCGAGAGCGACAUGCACGUGGCCCAGCUGGCAGUGGACUUCCUGGCCACUGUGACCCAGGCCCAGCCGGCUUCCCUGGCCGAGGUCAGCGGCCCCGUGCUCGCCGAGCUGCUGCGGCUCCUGCGCUCACCCCUGCUGCCCGCAGGAGUGCUGGCAGCCGCCGAGGGCUUCCUGCAAGCGCUGGUGGGCACCCACCCCCCAUGCGUGGACUACACUGAGCUCAUCAGCCUGCUCACAGCACCUGUCUACGAGCAGGACACGGAUGGCGGGCCAGGCCUGCACAAGCAGGUGUUUCACUCGCUGGCCCGCUGCAUGGCAGCCCUGGCGGCCACCUGUCCCCAGGAGGCAGCGGGCACAGCCGGCCGCUUGGUGUGCGAUGCCAGGUCGCCCCACUCGAGCACCGGGGUCAAGGUCUUGGCGUUCCUGGCCCUGGCCGAGGUGGGCCAGGUGGCGGGGCCGGGGCCCCAGCGGGAGCUGAAGGCCGUGCUCCUGGAAGCCUUGGGGUCGCCCAGCGAGGACGUGAGGGCGGCCGCCUCCUACGCGCUGGGCCGCGUGGGCGCUGGGAACCUGCCCGACUUUCUGCCCUUCCUGCUGGGGCAGAUUGAGAAGGAGCCGCGGCGGCAGUACCUGCUGCUGCACUCGCUCAGGGAGGCCCUGGGGGCCGCCCAGCCGGACAGCCUCAAGCCCUACGUGGAGGACAUCUGGGCCCUGCUCUUCCAGCGCUGCGAGGCUGCCGAGGAGGGCACCCGGGGGGUGGUGGCCGAGUGCCUCGGGAAGCUGGUCCUUGUGAACCCCCCCUUCUUCCUGCCCCGCUUCCGGAAGCAACUCGCUGCAGGCCGGCCACACACCCGGAGCACUGUUAUCACAGCAGUCAAGUUCCUCAUCUCGGACCAGCCCCAUCCCAUCGACGCCCUCCUGAAGAGCCACGUCGCUAUAAAAGGCGGGUGCUGACUCCCACCUGCGGGAGGCUGUUCUUUGAGACCCAGGACUCAGCAGACCUGAUCACCCUCUGAACCAGAAAACGUGCCCAGAAUCUCCGGCAGCAGCUUCACACUGCAGGUCAUGUUGUCCCCAACCCAGAUUUCCUCCAGCUUGACUGAGCUGCCCAUCGCUGGUACCCUCAGGGGCCUCCACCUGGGUUUUUGGGUUUGCUUUUGUGAGUUUGAGCCAGAGUUGAGCUCCCACCGUUUCUCAGGUUCCAUGCUUGACCCUUUAAUAUACCUCAUCACCAUUAGUCCUCACAGACG